GGGGAUAGUACGCUCGCUUUCACACGCCAACAUGCUCUAAAGUUGAUAUUUGUCCUCUCCGGAAGUCCCCUGACGUCCCGCCGAGUGCGUACUUGACUGGAAGAAGUAGCUUGUGCGAGGAUGAACACGUCGCCGAAGGUGCGCCUGUAGCGAACCUCCCGUCGCUUGCCGCGCCGUCCCCCACUAGACUCCUCCGCCCCCUCCCGCUAUUGAAUUUUUUUUUUCUCCCACUGGAGGCGGAGCGCCCACGUGCGAAUUCAUGAUCGCAUGACCGUGGAUAUGGACACAGUCCUGAGCCACUUUGUCAAGAACACGGGAGCAGAACCAGGAUUGGCCAGAGACCUGCUAGAAGGCAAGAAGUGGGACUUGAGCGCGGCCCUCAGUGACUUUGAACAGCUGCAAGCGGUGCAUGCUGGGAGCUUGCCGUACUUCCUCCCAGAGGAGAGGAUGUACCUGCCUCCCGAAAAGGAGAUGGCCGGACUCGGACGGCCUUUACUCCAGCGCCAAGACCAGGUGGUGCUUGCUCCCGAAAAGCAUCAGCCGAGGGCCGCCUCCCGCGGCAGCUCGCCCGUCGCCUUCUUAGCAUGCACGCACACCACCAACGCCGAGCAGCUGCUCAACACGCCCGAGUUCACCUUCCAGCUACCGGACCUCAGCAUGUACCAGGACGACUUCAGGGUCACCGAGAGGGACCUGAUCGAGAAGUCAAUGAUGAUGGCGCUGGAGCACGCAGGGCGGCUCAACUGGUGGACCAAGGUGGUUCCAAACUGUCAGAGUCUGCUGCCCCUGACCACAACCGGAGACGGAAACUGCCUCCUGCACGCCGCCUCGCUCGCAAGUCUUUCCAAAAUAAAAGUGGAUCUUCUCUCCUCGCAGGUUGUGCUCCCAACGUUCAUACUGGAGAAGCGCUCCCUACUCGAGAUGUACGCCAACUUCAUGGCUCACCCCGACUUGUUCCUCUCCAUCACGGCUGGCUCAACGCCGGAGGAGCGCAUGGUCCGCUUUGUCGAGUACUACCUCACCGCCUUCCACGAGGGCCGCAAAGGGGCGGUGGCCAAGAAGCCCUACAACCCCAUCCUGGGGGAGACAUUCCAUUGCACUUGGCAUGUGCCCCCGGACCACGUUCGAUCUCUCAGAGAAAGCGGCUGCUUCACGUCGACCACUCCAAACUCCUCACAGAGGCUCCCAGUAGGCGGCGGAAAAACCCCACCCGAGUUUUACCAGGUUCGGUUUGUGGCUGAACAGGUGUCCCACCACCCGCCUGUGUCAGGCUUUUACUGUGAGUGCAAGGAGAAGAGGAUGUGUGUCAAUACUUACGUCUGGACCAGGAGCAAGUUCAUGGGCAUGUCUGUUGGAGUUUCAAUGGUUGGAGAAGGUGUGCUGCAUCUGUCAGAGCACAAUGAAGACUAUGUGUUCACACUGCCUUGCGCCUACGCCCGCUCUAUUCUGGCUGUGCCCUGGGUGGAGCUGGGGGGGAAGGUCACAAUUAGCUGUGCCAAAACGGGGUACUCAGCCACAGUCACGUUUCACACCAAACCUUUCUAUGGAGGGAAAGUCCACAGAGUAACCGCUGAAGUAAAGCACAAUCGGACAGGAAACAUUGUGUGCAAAGCGCAGGGUGAGUGGAAUGGGGUCCUUGAGUUUACCUACAGUAACGGAGAAAGCAAGAUUAUAGAUACCUCCAAGCUGCCGGUCAUCAAAAAGAAGAUCAGGCCAGUAGAGAAGCAAGAACCAAAUGAGUCACGGCGUGUUUGGCAGCAGGUGACAGCAUCUCUGCGGGCGGGGAACAUGGAUGAAGCCACGGAACACAAACACCGCCUGGAGGAGAGACAGCGAAGCGAAGGCAAACAGAGAGCUGCUAGCAAAACUCCUUGGAACCCCCAAUAUUUCAUCCAAGAGGGUGAAGCUUGGGUGUACCACAACCCGCUGUGGAAAGUUCUGGACCAGAAGCCUUGAAAGAAGAUCCAAGAGGAGUCAUCAACAUAAGUGAAUUCAAAUCCCAAAAAGACAAUCAAACUUUCAAACAGGAUACAUCUCAGCUCGAACUGAUCUAAUCUCAACAUUUUACAUUUUCAUGUGCUCGUAGACGUUUCAAAAGCCUUUCAUCGUGUACAGCAGGGAUGUCCAAACUAUUUCCACUGAAGGCCGCACACUGUAAAAUCAAAGCAUUUGGGGGCCAUUUUAAAAUUUUUCAUUUUCAAAACCAAUACAGUAUAGCCAUUUUUUUUUUUUACCUUUAGU